AUGGUAACUCCGUUGCAAACUCUCGGCAACUGGUUCACCGGCGGAAAGCAACUUCGUCAACCCGCUCCUCCUCGUAGCGCACCCCCUCCUCCUCCUCUCCCACGAUCGACAUCAAAGGGCAUGUCCGGACACACUCAUACGUACGAGCUAGAGAAAUCUAGAAGCGGAGCUAACGGACAUCAUGUCCUGGUCAAGCAAAGUGCUCGGAUCCCCGAAGGCCCUGGUUCGCGUGCCGAGCAUGCAUUCCAAGCGACUUAUAAUGGGCCCAGGGGUGGCAAAGAGCACGAAGCGUUCAACCGAAUGAGCGAUCGAAGGAAUGCCGGAUUGCCGUACACCUACUCACUGGGGGGCGGGUCCGAUAGUGGGCAUACGUCCGCUAAGGUUCAAGCGCCGGAUGUUUCACCUGUACGAAGUGCUACGAGCAAGACAUCGUCUUCUCCCAAAGCUUCCUCUCAAGGGUCGGGGUCCAAAGCUCCCACCAAGACACACGCUCCUCGACCCAGUCUGGCGCCUACCGGUAGCGACCGUUCGAUCCAUACGUGGCGAAGCGGGAUCUCGAAAUCUUCCCCUCCUGCUGGCGCACCCAAGCCCGCCUUCACUUCCAUGCCACCUCUCUUGGCGGAAGAGCUUGACAUCCAGAGUCGAAGGACAGCUGCCGUUCCCGCUCCUUGCCACGUCACGAUCUUUCCGCCUGGACCUCACAAAGCUCAUGCGACCAAAUUGGCGCCGCCCAAAAUCGUCAUGAGGACCUCUACGGGUCAGACGGCUGGACCACUAGCCUCGUCUAGCCAUGUAGCUGGGACAGGACAAGGCACCGGAUUCCCGCCGUUUCCUCCUUUCCCAGCGUUCCCUGCAUUUCCUUCGUUCCCGCCGUUCCCAGCGUUCCCAGCGUUCCCGGCUUGGCCAACGUAUCCUGCUCCUCAGGCUCACGGACGAUGA